AUGGCAGCGGACGAAACUCCUACUGCGGAGACUGGAGGUGAUGUUUCCACGACAGCUCAACCUCUGCACCCAGUGACGCACUGGGAGCAGCUGAAUGAGCAAGAAGAGGCGGAGAAUAAUGAUGCCGACUCUGUUAUUUCCAACCCCGCCGAGUCGACAGCAUCGAUGACUUCGAGUAUUCUGUCGUAUCGAACUAUUCAAGGCCGAACGUUUCACUCAGAAAGAGGAAAUGCUCAAUACUGGGCUGCCAAUGACGAACAGCAGAAUGAGUCCAUGGAUAUAGUACACCAUUUUUUGAGCCGUCUCCUUGAUGACAAACUAUUCUUAUCACCUUUGAAGGAUAACAUACAGUCCGCUCUGGAUAUUGGAACCGGGACAGAGCACGUGUUGAUGCUGACACCUGGAAGUGAUUUCGCCGACCAAUUCCCAAGCGCAAAAGUCGUCGGUACCGAUAUCUCGCCUAUCCAACCCUCGUGGGUUCCGCCGAACCUCGAAUUCCACAUCGACGACUGUACGCAGCCAUGGACAUUCGCUCCGGAUUCUAUCGAUUUUGUUCAUAUGCGUUAUCUAUUUGGCAGUAUCAAGGACUGGUCAGCAUUAUUCAAGGAAGCCUUCCGGGCAUGUAGACCCGGCGGCUGGGUUGAAAGUCACGAGGCCUCUGCGAUGAUGGAGAGUGACGAUGGAACCGUUACUGAUACUAGUGCUAUGCAUGAAUGGGGGAGAUUCUUUAUCGAGGGAGGAAAGAAAAUGGGACAGCCAUGUACCAUUAUUGAGGAUGAUCUUCAGCAGAAGUGCAUGCGCGAGGCUGGUUUUGAGGAUAUUCACAUCGCAGACUACAAGGUAAGAGCCCAGUCUGGUCCCGAUGAAGAGUGGCUUACAGUUGUCUUGCAGAUUGCUAUCGGCGGGUGGUCUAAGGAUAAGAAGAUGAGGGAGAUUGGCCAGUAUGUUCUAGCUGCUCUGGAGCAGGACUUUGAAGGAUAUGUUCUGUACAUGGCGAGCCAGCUCUUGGGGUGGUCGAUGCAAGAAGUGAAGGUCUACUGUGCGCAGCUCCGUCGGGAACUUCGGUCUACCGCAAACCAUCCUUUCUUUCGUUACCGCGCGGUCUACGGUCGAAAGCCACAGGCUUCUUGA